UUAUGGCAUAGUCAUUUACCAUCUUAUAAAAUUCCUUUAAACAUUUUGGACAGGGUCAUUACAAGGAAUCAAUGGAGUAAUAUACUAUUUAAGUAUAGGGAAUUAUAGAAAUUUAAACAAUUAAAAGAAUAAUCUGAUCAAAAUCAAUCAAUGGUAUAAAUUAAUGAAAAUAUCAUCCUUUGUGAAUAUAAUAUAAAUAAAGAUGCAAAUGCUUGUAUUACAAAACUUGAUGAAAUUAUUGAUGAAAUUAAAAAGCCAUCAGCUUAAAAAAGUAAAUAUUUUAGUUUAUUUUAUUUUAUUAGAAAAAAAAUAAGAAGAUGAUAGUAUUUUGUAAUUUAAUAAAGCAAUAAUGCUUUUUUUAAGUGGUAAAGUUAGAUAGACUCAUAACCUAUUGAAAUAAUUGAAAGAUAACUACAAUCUAGAUAUAUACUUAAAUAUUAAGGUACAUUUGCUAUUAGUAGAAACCUCAUUUUAAUUAUAAGAAUAUGUUUACGCAAGUGAAUUGUAUAAAAAACUAUCAUAAGAAGACACAUUAAAAUCUUUAUAAUAAAAGGUUAACAAAUCAAAUCAAAUGGAUGAUUAAUAAUAAUAAUAACAAUCAACUUAUACAUCAUUAUUAAUGGGUUCUGAUCUACCUUAUCCUGAUUCACAUCCUAAUACAUUUAGUAAAGAAGAAUUCUUAUUCAUAUUGAAUUUAAUAAAAUUUCGAUUUUAUAUGCUUUCAAAUUCUAAGGAUUGGAAAAAAUAAUUGUCUAAUUUAGAAUAAUCUUUAAAAAAUUACAUAUUUUAAUUGGAUUAAUAAUUAGGUAUUUAAUAAUUUUAAGUACCAUAAUUUUCAAAUGAAAUUUAACCAUACUUAAAAUUGCAUUCAUAAAUGAUUUUUAAAUUAAUGAAAGCUUAAAAAUAACUUACACUAAAUGAUAAUAUUGUUAAAUGUAUCAAAAUGAUAAAUCCAUAUUCAGAAAUAUAAAAUUAAUAAAACUUAGAUUUUAUUUAAAGUAAAUAAUAUCUAUAUUUGGCUUAAAUUUAUAAUAAUUUAGGUUGCGUUCAUGCUAAAAUUGGUAAAUAUGCUUUAGCUGCUGUAUAUUUCCAAAAAGCAAUCAAUUAAAUUAAAUCAGUGUUAUAAUAAGUCAAUCUUUAUGAGAAUAUAAUUUUGACAAAUAUUAAAUAACGAUAAUUUUCAAUCUAUCAAAAUUUAGCUGAUGCUUUAUUUAUGGAUUUAAAAUAUUAAAAAGCACUAAUUAUAUAUAAUUAAUUAUUAGAACCUUGUAAUUAAAGUGCUAAAUUUUGGUAUAAUAGAGGUGUAUGUUAUAUAUAAUUAUAUCAUGAAUCUAUACCUGACAAGAAUGAGAUUUAUGAAAUAUAAUAAGAGCAUUCCUAAAUAAAUAUUUAAGAGGAAGGAAAGAAAAUAAUUCUUUAAAGCAGAGAAAUUUAUAGUGAUAUUGAUGAAGAAAAUUAGGAUUAAUUCUAUAAAAUUGAAUAAAAAAGUGAGGAAAAUAAAUUUGUGUAACCAAAAGCUUAGAAAGAAUUGUUAAAUAAUGCUAUAAAGUAUUUUUAAAUAAAAUCUAUUAAAGAUCUUUCCGCAAUGCUAUUAUUUUAUCUAAAAAGGAGAAAAGGGAAGAAAUAAUACUCUUAGAUUAAGAUUAAUUACAAAUUGCAGGUUCAUAAUUAUUUGAAUCUUCUAUUGUAUUUUUAACUUAUGCAUUACUUUGCAGAGGAGAUUGUAACUUAGCCUUACAGUAGGGUAAAGAAGCAUUAGAGUAUAAUUUAUCUGAUAAUAAUAAAUAUACAAUAAUACAAUACAUUUUGGAAGCAUAGAUAUCAACUUCUAAAAUUAAAGAAGCUAGCAACUUUUUGAAUACAAAUGGAGUAGCUAAUUUCUUAAGUAGAUUUAUAAAUAGCAAUUUAUAAUUCUAAUGUAGAAAUGUCAUAGGUAUUUAAACAACAUGCUUUUCAAAUUAUAGUCCUAAAGCAAUUAAUUAUUUUAAUUAUGCUGCAUUAAAUUUGCAUAAUAAUAAUUUGACAUUAGCAUGGAAUUCAAUUUAAUCAUUGUUGAGUUGCUGUGAAAUUAACAUUAACUAAUAUAAUCAAAUUGUUCCAGUACCAAUAUUAAAUUUAUUAAUAUGGUAUUAUUUGAAAUCAGGUGAUAUAUUAAAUAUAUUUAUUUGUAGAUUAGGUGUAAUUAGCAGUACAUUUGAUUAAGAGGAGAAGACUAUUAACAGGAUAAAUGGGAAAAAAUAAAAUAUCUCUGUUAAAUAUUACAAAAUGA